AUGCAGAUUUGCCAAACGAAGCUUACCUUCACCUUCCCUAAUCCCACAAACCCCAAUUUCUGCAAACCCAAAUCUCUCUUGCUCGGCUUUCAAUGGCCUCCACCUCGUCGCCUUGCCUUGCCGCCUUGCCGUGGCUUCAGCUCCGAUGAAUUCCCCGUCGACGAGACAUUCCUCGAGAAAUUCGGACCCAAGGACAAAGACACGGAGGACGAAGCUCGCCGGCGCAACUGGAUCGAGCGUGGGUGGGCUCCUUGGGAGGAGAUUCUCACACCGGAAGCCGAUUUCGCACGCAAAUCGCUGAACGAAGGCGAGGAAGUUCCGCUUCAGUCACCGGAGGCGAUCGAGGCGUUCAAGAUGCUGAGACCGUCGUACCGGAAGAAGAAGAUCAAGGAGAUGGGGAUUACGGAGGACGAGUGGUACGCAAAGCAGUUCGAGAUCAGAGGGGACAAACCGCCGCCUCUGGAUACUUCCUGGGCUGGGCCGUUGGUGGUCAGGCAGAUUCCGCCGCGGGAUUGGCCGCCGAGAGGGUGGGAAGUUGAUCGGAAGGAGCUUGAGUUCAUAAGGGGAGCUCAUAAGCUAAUGGCUGAAAGGGUCUGGAUUGAGGAUUUGGAUAAGGAUUUGAAUGUAGGAGAGGAUGCUACUGUUGAUAAGAUGUGUUUGGAGAGGUACAAGGUCUUCUUGAAGCAAUACAAUGAAUGGGUCGAAGCUAAUAGAGAUAGGUUAGAGGAAGAAUCUUACAAGCUCGAUCAAGAUUUUUAUCCAGGUAGGAGGAAAAGAGGGAAGGAUUACGAAGAGGGGAUGUAUGAGCUUCCCUUCUACUAUCCAGGGAUGAUUUGUGAAGGGGAAGUUACGACUUUGCAUCUGUAUCAGGGAGCAUUUGUUGACAUUGGAGGUGUUCAUGAAGGAUGGGUUCCUAUCAAAGGUAAUGACUGGUUUUGGAUCCGGCAUUUCAUAAAAGUUGGGAUGCAUGUUAUCGUCGAGAUCACGGCAAAAAGAGAUCCAUACCGGUUUCGGUUUCCCUUAGAGUUGCGCUUCGUUCAUCCUAAUAUAGAUCACAUGAUCUUUAAUAAAUUUGACUUUCCACCGAUAUUCCAUCGUGAUGGGGAUACUAAUCCAGAUGAGAUAAGGCGAGAUUGUGGAAGACCUCCUGAGCCUAGAAAAGAUCCAGGAUCCAAGCCAGAGGAGGAAGGGCUUCUCUCUGAUCACCCGUAUGUCGACAAGUUGUGGCAGCUGCAUGUAGCUGAGCAAAUGAUUUUGGAUGAUAUCGAAGCCAACCCUGAAAAGUACAAAGGCAAAAAGCUAUCAGAGCUAUCGGAUGACGAAGGCUUUGACCAACAAAAGGAUAUCGAGCACGGCGAAGGUUAUUAUAAGAAAACCAAAUUGCCCAAAGUGAUUCUGAAAACAAGUGUCAAGGAACUUGACUUAGAUGCUGCCUUGGUAGAGCGCAAGUACCACAAUAAGCUGAUGAUGGAAGCUAAAGCAAGGGGAGAAGGAUACAAAAUCGACAAGCUAAGAAGAAACAUUGAGAUGGACGAGUAUGACACCUUGCACUGGCGCCGAUCUUUGGAGGAAAGAGAAGCAUUGCUCAGAGAUAUCAGCUCUCGUCAAGCGCUUGGUUUACCAUUGGAGGAACCAGGGAGGUAUAAGCCAGGAAAUUUCUUUGGGAAAGACCAAUACGAUCCAACAAGCGCAUUGUACCAAUAUGACUACUGGGGAGAGCCAAAGAACUCAGAGAUUAGCAAGCAAGAGAGAAUGAAGGAUGCACACAACAAAUCCAUUGUUGGGAAAGGCAAUGUGUGGUACGAUAUGUCUUACGAUGAUGCCAUUAAGCAGUCGAUUGAAAGAAGAAAAGAUGGGUCUAACUUGGCGAAUCAACAAGAAGAAGAAGAAGAAACAGAGUCUGAGGAUGAGGAAGAAGAAGACGAAGAUGAUGAUGACGAGUUUGAUGAUUUUGACUAUAGCAUUCUGAGUGAUGAGAGUAGUAUCGGUUACUCGGAACAGCAACCUGUUGUUAACGGUGCUCAAGUCUUCACAGAUUGA